ACGAGGCAUUGUAUUUGUAAUUUUUCCUGUAUUCUGUGUCGAGAGAGAAGUGACUGGGUUUUACCCUGCUUUCCUUCUGUAUCCGAAUAAUUAAGAGAUACAAUGUUGAGUACGUGAAUUUCCGAGAGGCAAGAUCGUUCGCGAGGAAAGUAGGGACUUGUCCCGUUCCCACCCUCCAUGGGAGGAAUCGGGUCAUGACCCUCUCAUCCAGAAUAAGUAAUCGACCCCAUAACAAAGGCCAACCGUUCUUAUAACGAAUUUUAAAACAACAAAGAAGAUAAAGUGUUUGAGAAAAGAAGGUAACAUCGUACACUGUCACAGUGCUUUAUUUGAUCGUGACGAACUGGUACCAUGGCAGACGUUGACCCCGAAACGCUGUUAGAAUGGCUACAGAUGGGACAAGGGGACGAGAGAGACAUGCAGCUGAUUGCCUUGGAGCAACUCUGUAUGCUGCUGUUGAUGUCGGACAAUGUGGACAGAGUAUUCGAAAGCUGCCCUCCCAGGACCUUCUUACCAGCCCUGUGUAGGAUAUUUUUGGACGAGUGUGCACCUGACAAUGUGCUUGAGGUAACAGCGAGGGCCAUCACCUAUUACCUGGAUGUGUCCGCUGAGUGUACCCGUCGUAUCGUGGCCGUUGAUGGUGCCAUCAAGGCGCUGUGUAACAGGCUGGUUGUCGUGGAGAUGUCCUCCCGCACCAGUCGGGACCUUGCUGAACAGUGCAUCAAGGUUCUGGAGAGGAUCUGUACAAGAGAGUCUGGAGCAGUGUUUGACUCCGGCGGGCUGAAUUGUGUACUGAUGUUUAUCCAGCAACAUGGAUCACAGGUCCACAAAGACACACUGCACUCAUCCAUGUCUGUAGUAUCAAGGCUGUGUGGUAAGAUGGAGCCACAGGACACUUCUCUGGAGGUGUGUGUCGUGUCUCUCUCUACACUGCUGGAACACGAGGACCAGUUUGUUGCUGAUGGCUCUCUACGAUGUUUUGCCUCAUUGGCCGAUCGUUUUACCCGCCGGGGAGUGGAUCCCUCGCCUCUAUCUCAGCAUGGCCUAAUUGAUGAACUGCUGCUGCGUCUCCAGAAGGCUGGCGAGUCGGCCCACAAUGCAUCUGUAUCGAGUACACCCGGAACAGUCAGUAUCACUGCUGAGUCCAAAUCCAGUCCGAGUAUAUCCACUGUGAUCAGUCUACUCUCUACGCUUUGUCGAGGGUCGCCUAGCAUCACACACGACCUCCUUAGGUCAGAACUACCUGAUGCUGUGGAAAGUGGACUGAAGGGAGACGAGAGAUGCUGUCUGGAUACCAUGCGUCUGGUGGACCUGUUACUGGUAUUACUGUUUGAAGGGAGGAAAGCCUUACCUAAGGCAGGUGUUUCUAGUAUCACUAGUCGUAUCUCAGGACUCCGCCGCACUGACAGCUCAGGGGAGCGCUCCCACCGCCAACUCAUUGACUGUAUACGAAGUAAAGACACAGAUGCUCUCAUAGAUGCUGUAGAUAAUGGAUUCGAGGUGAACUUCAUGGAUGAUGUUGGACAGACACUUUUAAAUUGGGCGUCUGCCUUUGGAACACAGGAAAUGGUUGAAUUUCUGUGUGAACGAGGUGCUGACGUUAACCGGGGUCUGAGGUCGUCAUCACUACAUUAUGCAGCCUGCUUUGGAAGACCUCAAAUUGUCAAGACUCUGCUGAGGUAUGGUGCUAACCCUGACCUGAGAGAUGAGGAUGGGAAAACUCCCCUGGACAAGGCCAGAGAGAGGGGUGAUGAAGGACAUCGUGAGGUCAUUCAGACCCUCCAGUCACCUGCGGAGUGGAUGGUACCAGUGAAUAGGGAGAUAGCAGCUGAGGUGGAGAAGAAGAAGGAGGAAGAGAUAGUGGAAAAGGAAGAAGACACUGAGGAACCCAAGGGUGAUCCUGAGGUGGCCCCACUCUACCUCAAACAACUCCUACCUGUAUUUACUCAUGUAUUCCAGAGCACCAUGCUACCCUCUGUUAGAAAAUCUAGUCUUUCCCUGCUUAAGAAGAUGAUCCACUAUAUAACAAAUCCAUUACUAGGAGAUAUGUGCAAUCCAGAGUUUUACGUGCCCAACUUCGCAGGAUCCCUCACCGAGGUCAUGGCUAAUGUGUUGGACCAUGAGGAGGAUGAUGAAGGUCACCAGGUGGUAUUGUUCAUCAUUAAGGACCUGAUGUCAAAGGGCCAGGAUAUAUUCCUGGAACAUUUCGCACGUCUGGGCCUGUUUGGGAGAGUGCUGUCUCUCGCUGGUCCAAUGGAUGAAGAAGAAGGGGCCACAGCGAAGGAGGACAAGGAUGAGGAUGAGCAGCUCCAGGAGGAUGCCUUUGACAUUCAACAAGGUCGUCCAUACCACUGGAAGGACUGGUGCAUGGUGCGCAGUCGUGACUGUCUGUACCUUUGGAGCGAUGCUGCUGCCUUGGAACUCAGCAAUGGUAGCAAUGGCUGGUUUCGGUUCAUUCUCGACAGCAAACUUGCAACAAUGUAUUCCAGCGGCAGUCCUGAGGGAGGCCCAGACAGCUCAGAGAACCGUGGAGAAUUCCUGGAAAAGCUUCAGCGUGCAAAAAGUCAGAUUAAGUCUGGUACUCCAAGUCAGCCCAUCCUGUCCCGCACCUCCUCACCCCGCAUGGUCAUCGGCAACUGGUCUUUACAAUGCAAGAAGGACGGAGAAAUCCAGAUACACAACGCUGAUGGUCAACAGGUGAUGAAUCAGGCCACCAUACUAAAAGAGGAUCUGCAAGGAUUUAUCUUUGAGUCGAAUCGUGGCACCAAGCACUCCUUCACUGCAGAAACAUCGCUUGGACCUGAAUUUGCAUCAGGCUGGGGAGGCAAAAAAAGCAAGAAAUUUAGGUCAAAGACAGAGGAAAUCAAAACUAAAGUUCGACACCAAGCACGUGAGAUCUAUGAGGAUUACUUCAGGGCAGCAGAAGCUAUGCCACGGGGAGUGGUUGCCAAGAUUCGCACCAUAGUUCAACAGCUAGAGGCUGCAUGUGCCAAACAGAUCAGCCAAGUCAGGUCCCCUGAUGGAGAAGUUACAUGGGUGGAGGACAUGACUGCCUCCCUGACUGAGCUGGUCAUACUCCUGAAGGAGGACCAUACUGUGUCCGCCUAUGAACUCCAUUCCAGUGGCCUUGUACAGACACUGCUCAACAUCCUUAACAACAACAUUGAAGACUCCAAUAGCAAGGAAAGUAAAAAGAGGACAAGAGAGAGAAUUGACCUAUUCAAAAGCCUGUUUCAGGAAAAAGACAGCCUGAUGCCAGCAGUGGCUUUAGUGAAGAAACUGAUAGCAGUGCUAGAAUCUAUAGAAAAAUUACCUGUAUAUAGCUAUGAUCUACCUGGAUCAGGAUAUGGUCUACAAAUUCUGACAAGACGGGUGAGGUUUCGCCUGGAGAGAGCUCCAGGGGAGAGCACUCUAUUAGACAGGAGUGGGUGUAACCUCAAGAUGGAGCCUCUGACAUCUGUGGCAGCCCUGGAAAGAUAUCUACUCAAAAUGGUGGCCAAACAGUGGUAUGACUUUGACCGACAAACCUUCACCUUUGUAAAGAAACUCAAAGAAACGACCAAUAAAGUCAGUUUCUCACACCAGUCAGACUUUGACGAGAAUGGUUUAGUGUACUGGAUAGGAACUAAUGCGAAGAGUGCAUACGAAUGGAUUAACCCUGCCCACUAUGGAUUGGUGGUAGUAACAUCAUCAGAGGGAAGGAAUCUUCCGUACGGAAAACUGGAGGACAUCCUCAGUCGGGACAGUGCUGCUCUUAACUGUCACACCAAUGAUGACAAGAAGGCAUGGUUUGCUAUAGACCUCGGGGUGUGGCUGAUUCCAUCCUGUUAUUCACUAAGACAUGCACGUGGAUAUGGCAGGUCGGCCCUAAGGAAUUGGCAGUUUCAGGUGUCUAAGGAUGGAAUCACAUGGGAUACACUACUAAACCACAAAGAUGACACACGACUUAAUGAACCAGGAUCAACAGCUACAUGGUCCUUGACUCCGUCCAAGGAGGAGACUCAAGGUUGGCGCCAUAUCCGGCUCCAGCAGACAGGCAAGAAUGCUAGUGGACAGACCCACUACUUGUCUCUGUCAGGCUUUGAGAUCUAUGGCACAGUGACGGGUGUCUGUGAUGAUUUAGGCAAGGCUGCGAGGGAAGCCGAGGCUAACCUGAGGAGACAGAGGAGAAUCAUACGCACACAGGUACUAAAGCAGAUGGUUCCUGGGGCUCGUGUGAUGCGUGGUAUGGACUGGAAGUGGAGGGAGCAGGACGGGAACCCACCAGGGGACGGUACCAUCACAGGAGAGCUCCAUAACGGUUGGAUUGAUGUUACUUGGGACUCAGGUGGAUCCAACUCCUACAGAAUGGGGGCUGAGGGCAAGUAUGACCUCCAGCUCUCACCCAAUCAUGACCCAGAGAAGCUGCGCCCUGUUGUCAGGACGACAGAGGCAGGGGCAGUUGGAGGAGCCAAAGUUAAGGUUACAAGCUCGCUGGUAUCUGAUAAAGCCAAGGUACAAUACAAGAACAUGGUGAGUGUACUAACCAGUAGGAAGAGUAGCUCCACACCCAGUCUGACUGAUGUGGCAGAGAACAAACCAUCUGUAGCAAGUACAGAACAAGCUGCUUCAGCUGACAACCUAACAACGGCCGUUAAGUCGAUGGCGAAGAAUCUGGCUGACAGUAUGGUGAAUCUGGCAAGUUCUGACGCACUUGUGUCUGUAAAUGUGGACCCUGUAGAUGAAGGGGUGAGUGGUAACAUCCCCACAGAGCCUGUCGUGGUUGUCCACAAGGGCCAUGAGCGUGGAAAUGUGGAGGCAUCUGGGGGCUACCCUGCCCUGCCAGACGUCCUGGAAACAAGUGAACAGGGAUCACCAAAGGGUGCAGAGGCCAUGCAAAUGCCAUCCACUACUGUUGGUUCUAAUGUAGCUGCCAGUGUGGCAGAGGCUAUCGCCAAGAAAAUGGAGGCUCAGACUCGCAGUUCUCCUACCAAUCCUAUGAGUGUGAGUGUUCCCAAUCUUCCAUCAAGUAUGGAGCAGACAGUAAGUCUCCUUGAGACCUUUGCCGCCGUUACACGCAGGAAUCUCGGUACUGUUGUCAUGAACAACCGCAGCAACAGUGGGAGACUUGGUCCUCAGAAUUCACCGAGUAUGUACAACAAUGCCUUGUUGAGUACAGCCCAGAGUUAUCCAAGCCUUACCACAUCGGCAUCAGCAACAUCCAACACCUUAACAACAACGCAGACCAUGGCUAACGUAACAUCACUGAGCCAGGCUUUAACACGCAGCCUCACUUCCACAUCUAGUGAGAGUGAUAACGAGUUCAUGGAGAGCUGUCGUGCACCAAUGCUGCUCGCUGAGCUGGAUGAUGAUUGUGAGGAACUACCUGGACCUGAUGAUGAUGAUGAUGAAAAUGAGGAUGAAAAUGAAGAUGAUGAAGUAUAUGAUGACUUCUUGGAGGAGGAUGAGUUGGAGGGGAGAGGUGAGAGAAGGAAAACAUGGGAUGAUGAGUUUGUCCUGAAGCGCCAGUUUUCUGCCCUCAUCCCAGCGUUCGAUCCUCGUCCUGGCCGCACAAAUGUCAACCAAACACAGGACUUUGAGAUUCCUGCUCCAGGAUCUGAUGACCAGAGUAUGGUCGAGUCCAGUGACCAGGUGCUUCAACCCAAACUGGCCAUCUACAUCAAGGCACCAGGCCUACCAGGGAUGGAAGAUGGUGAGGUAUGUCUCGGCCAUGAGAAAAGCUGUAUAUUCAAGUAUAUACAGAAAUUACUAACUCAGGGACCUGCAUCAAAUAGAACAGAGAGGCUGAAGAGGAUCUGGGAACCCACAUACACGAUAGUAUACAAGGCCUUAAAGGAUGGAGAAAGUAAACAAGAAUUGGAGAAAAUGACAGAUUCUGUGUAUCGCCAGAUUGGAACCCAGGCCGACAGUCAGGGCUACCAAAUCCUCAGUGAAUGGGACAUCCCUCGUAACAAUGAUCCCACGGCCUGUACCAUGGACCAUGUGCUUCAGCUGCUGCAGCGACUGUAUGCCAUCGCUAUGGAGCAGACACCUAACACUCUUAUGAAAUAUGAUCAACCACUGCUACUGAAUGUGCCAGCAGAAGACUUCAUCAGUAAAAAGAUCACUAAUAAAUUAGUACAACAGACACAGGAUCCACUAGUGCUGGCCAGUAAUGCCCUACCUGAUUGGUGUGAGAAGCUGACCAAGUACUGCCCUAUGCUGUGCUCAUUUGAAACUAGACAGAUUUACUUCACCUGUACGGCCUUUGGAUCUUCCAGGGCCAUUGUGUGGCUACAGGACCGGAGGGAUGCCACCCUUGAAAGAAGUCGUGGCCCUAUGCCACGCAGAGACGAGGGUGGGGAGUAUCGUAUUGGACGACUGAAGCAUGAGCGUGUGAGGAUCCCCCGUGGUGAGAGACUACUAGACUGGGCUGUACAGGUGAUGAAAUACCAUUCCCACAGGAAGUCUGUGUUGGAAAUCGAGUUUGAAAAGGAGGAAGGCACAGGACUCGGCCCCAGUCUGGAGUUCUAUGCUCUCAUUGCUGCAGAAAUGCAGAGAAAGGAGCUUGGACUAUGGCUUUGUGAUGAUGAAUUCACCGACAACCUAGAGAGAGAGGUUGAUAUUGGUCAUGGUGUGAAGCCCCCUGGGUUCUACAUCCAGAGGGCUGGGGGUUUGUUCCCAGCCCCUCUUCCUCAGGAUAGUGCAGAUAUUCCCCGUGUUGAGAAACUAUUCCACUUCCUAGGUACUCUCCUUGCUAAGUGUGUACAGGACAAACGUCUGAUUGACUUACCACUCGCCCGUUCCUUCUUCAAAUUGAUGUGUAUGGGUGAGAUGGGCCACAUUAUCACACAGCAGUACCAGGACUCGCUACAUCGAUCAGUGGGUAGUACUAUCGAGUCAUACCACAGUGAGCAGGACCUGUCCCCACGCGACACACUGUCCUCCAGCAUAGAGGAUGUGGAUAAGGAGUUAAUCCUUGAUCCCCCUAAGGUCAAACAUCCAGACACACCUGCCUGGUACGAAGGAAUUCUUAAUGAUGAUGACUUUGAGCUCAUCGACCCCCACCGUGCAACAUUCCUACGACAACUACGAGAGUUGGUCAGUAAAAAACAGAGAAUUCUAAAAGACAAAACACUGUCUCCUGAUCAGAAAAAUAUACUCAUACAGCAACUAGGUCUGCAAAAUCCAUCCGUGCCUGGCGCCAUCUACAGGAUAGAGGACAUGGGUCUGACAUUCCAGUUUAACCCUUCCUCCAAAGUGUAUGGUUACAUGUCGUACGAUCUCAAGUCUAAUGCUGAGGAGGAGGUGAACCUGGAGAAUGUGGAUGAAUAUGUUGAUCUGGUCACCGACUUCUGCAUCAACAGUGGAAUCCGACACCAACUUGAUGCCUUUAAAGCUGGGUUUGACGAGGUAUUCAGCAUGGACAAGCUGCACUCCUUCAGUCCUACAGAACUAGCCACGCUGAUGUGUGGGGAACAGGCACCUGUGUGGUCACGCGAGGAUGUCCUCAACUACACCGAGCCCAAGCUGGGUUACACCAGGGACAGCCCUGGGUUCCAGCGUUUUGUCAAUGUGAUGACUAGUCUUAGUGCGGAUGAGAGGAAGGCAUUUCUACAGUUUACAACUGGAUGUUCCUCCCUACCACCGGGUGGCUUUGCUAAUCUCCACCCGCGCCUGACGGUGGUGAGGAAAGUGGAUGGAAGCGACUCUAGCUACCCCUCAGUCAACACCUGUGUUCACUAUCUCAAGCUGCCCGAGUACUCCUCUGAAGACAUCCUACGCCAGAAACUCCUUGACGCUACCAGUGAAAAAGGUUUCCAUUUGAACUGACGACGGAUGUGGUUAGCCAUGUCAAAAGACAAACUUGUGUCAGCUGUCUUUGGGGAUGGAAACUUUUUGUGGAGAAAUGGUUGUGAGACAAUCACACAUGUUACCAGAAUCUUCACUUUGAUACUGGACUUGCCCUAUUGUUAAUGUGGACUGAUAUUUGACCAUCACAUGGAUCAUCAUAGAUGACCUAGCUCAGUGUUUACAGCUUUCAUACAUAAUCAUUUCCCUAACUUAUAAUUCACGUAUCUACCCAAUACUGGAAUAUGGAAUUGCAGUAAUUUGCAACAUAAGUCUUUAUGUAGAAUGUUAAGCUGGGAUUCUAAAAAUUAGUGUGCAAGGUAGAUUUUAAUGCUUACAAUCACAUUGAUGUGAAUGAACAUAAUGCUAGUGAUAAAAGCUCUAUUAAAGGGAUUACGAUAUCUUCAAGUCGUAUUUGCGGACAAACCAGAUAAAAGUACUGUUGUUGGACGAAUCAUCCGAAUCACCAAACCACAUAUAAAAAAGACAGAACCACAUGUAUCACACGUACUGAUCACAUUGGACUCUUAGUUUCAGUGUUUAAACAAACUUUGCAGACUGGUAAUGUGUGGUUUGAUUACUGAAAUGUGACUUCUUUCAUUGUAAUAGAGAUAUUGUCAGCGAGACUCAUUUAUCACUAUAGAUGUGCGAGUGUGUGUUGUGUUGUCUGUAUGAGAUGUGUUUGGUUGUGUGUAUGUUCUAUUGCAUGGUAGCCUUUAGGUCUCUAGACCACAUGUCAGGGAUAUACAAUUCUUCUUAAAUCAUGUUUAAAUUUUGCUAUUUUUUUUUUGUAUCUCUCUCAAAAUUUUGUUGUGAAUUUUAGGUAAUCCACUGCAUAAUUUACUGGUUACAUGUUCCUAAGAGGAAACCAUUGUGAUAUGGCUGAUAUAUAGAAUCAUGAUUGGGCCAUGACAGAUUGAAAUGUUGGGGAGAUGAUCAUGACUCGGUAAUAUUUAAAUAUGGAAGAAUCAUGAAGCAAAAUCAAGUCACUGAAAUGUUUGGUCAAUAUAACCACAUAUUGAAGGAGAAUUAAGCUUUGUAGGGACCUGAUCAGCUUUGGUAGAGACAGAAUACAUUUGUUAGUUGAGAGGAUUAUAGACAUAUUUAUCCAAGUGCUUGACAUCUUCUCAUGUUCCACAAAUGUUUGUGUGUAUAUGUUACGCCAGAAUGAUUGAAACAAUUUAUUGUUGUUUGUUGUUGAAAGAUUUUAACACUUUUAACCUUUUUUGUAUUGUUCCAUUGAAAUGGAAGCCUAUUUAUUGUUUUGAGUAAUUCAUAUCACAUGCAAGCUUUUGAAACAAAACAAAGAGUUGGCAUAUGUUCAAAAGAGAUGUGAUGAAAUCUAUGUGAUACAUUUGUUUUAGUAGGAGUUUGUAUUAAAUGCCUGUGCAAUCACAAUAUCA